AUGCAAGCUUCAACUCCAGUCCAGCCACGGCGAAGUUCCACUCGCUCAAUCAAGCGUAAGAAGUUUGAUGAUGAACUUGUUGAGAGUAGCUUAGUCAAGUCUGACCGUGGAAGAUUAAAGGCACUUCCUGUAGCCGAAAAGUCUGAUGCUACUAGCAGCCAGGACUCUGUGGCUGCCCAGGUACCAGAAAAGAAGAAAGUUACAGUUCCACCACCUGAAAAGAAAAAGGCCACAAAAACUGCUACGAAGAGAAAACAAAAACAAAAGGAUACUGUACCUGCACCGGUUCCUGCAUCAACAAAAGAUCUUGGCCGAUGGAAACCCCAAGAUGACUUGGCUUUGAUCACAGCAGUCCAACAGACCAAUGAUCUACCCUCAGUCCAUGUUGGUAUCAAGUUCUCCUGCAAAUUUAACUUGAAAGAAAUUCAAGAACGCUGGUAUGCACUACUCUACGAUCCUGUUAUUUCCAAAUUAGCUGUGACUGCUAUGAAACAACUGCAUCCUGAUGUUAUUGCUAACAUCCAGUCGAAAACACUUUUCAGCAAAAGCGAAGAGUCCCUCUUGGGAAAAGUCUUGUCAACUAGUCAACCUACAUUGGAGAUCUUCCAAGAUUUACUCAAUAAAUAUCCUGAUGUGUUCCACCCUUCACGGAUGGCCACUUGUUUGCAAAAUCACUGGGUCUUAAUGAAGCAGUACCAUUUAUUACCAGAUCAGUCAGUUCAACCAAUGCCACGAGGUGACCAUGUAUUAAGCUUCUCAGAUGUUGAAGAUAUGAUGGAUGAUGAAGAACUUCAGGAUCCUCGAGAUGAAGUUUUAGAACAUGAAUUAGAUAUUGCAGAUCGACGAAACAAAAGGGAAGUUAGACAUCUGGAACAGGAAUUGCCCAAAUGGCAGGUUUUGGUUGACAGUGUUACAGGUGUGAGUCCUCCUGAUUUUGAUCAUCAAACCCUGGCUGUGUUGCGUGGACGCUUAGUCCGUUACUUAAUGCGGUCAAAAGAAAUCACUCUUGGUCGAGCUACCAAAGAUAAUCAAAUUGAUGUGAACCUUUCCCUGGAAGGACCUGCUUGGAAAAUCUCACGGCUUCAAGGCAUCAUCAAACUACGACACACUGGAGACUUUUUCAUUGCCAAUGAAGGAAAACGACCAAUUUAUGUGGAUAGCCGGCCUGUCCCUACUGGCAACAAACAGAAGCUAAACCACAAUGCCGUUGUAGAAAUUUCCUGUUUACGGUUUAUAUUCUUGAUCAAUCAAGACUUGGUAAAUGCAAUUCGUGCUGAGGCACAGAAGAUGACUGGCUCUCAUGGCACGUGA